ACUGUGAGUUUAUCAUCAGAACCCCCACUUGAAAGAUGGGGGAACUGAAGCCCAGAGAAGUAGAGUCACUUGCCAUGGGCCAUUCAGUCUAUCCAGGGGGACUGAUCUAUAGGAGCAGGUUUGUCACCAAUAUGCUGAACUCUGUGCUGAGACCUACCUCGUCUCAGGGACAGCUGCCCUGAGCUGGGCCCACAGCAGCAUUAGCAUUGGACCAAGCCCUGCACCUGACUUCCUGGAACUGAGGCCCAGGUGUCAUGUUUCAGCAGGAAUCACACCCCUACUAUGACCUCCAGGUAAAGGUGUUGAAGGCCAGAAACAUCCAGAACGCAGACCCGGUGACCAAAGCCGAUUGCUACGUGCAAUUGCGGCUACCCACAGCAUCCCCCAGCCCUAUGCAGACCCGGACGGUGGACAACUGCAAUGACCCCGAGUGGAAUGAAACUUUCCACUACCAGCUGCACAGUGCGGUGAAGAAUGUCCUGGACCUCACCCUCUGCGACAGUGAUGUCCUGUUAGAUGACUCACUCAUGCAGAAGCAAUUUUCCCUGGAUACCCUUAAGCCUGGGCAACCCUUCAGCCACACCUUCCAAAUUAAGGACCAGGACCCGGGGGAGCUGCAGGUGGAAUUUAUUCUGGAGGAAAGCCAUCUGCCUGCCUCUGAGGUCAUCACCAAUGGGGUCCUAGUGAAGGCCCUUACCUGCAAGGCACAGGCCUGCAGCUUCUCCUCUGCCCCACCUCAGGCGCAGCCCUGCAUCCGAGUCCAGGGCACCCUUGAGCAAGACAGCCUGGACUCAGGCCAGCCCUGGGGGUAUGGCUCCAGGAACUUCCAAGUGGCCAUUCCAGGGGCCUCUGAGAAGCCACAGCUCUUGACCCUGCAGCCUGCAGUGGAGGGGGGUCCCCCUGCCACCUUCUGCUUCCACGUGAACCCAGUUGUCAGCCGCAGGCUGGAGGUGGCUCUGGAGGAGAAGCUCCAGGUCCUGCAGGUGAGGGCACAGCAGCUGGUGGCCACUCUGGGGCUCUAUGGCCCCCUAUUUGGGGUGUUUCCUUCCCUGAAACUCGGGGUGUUUCCUUUCCCCCAGAGUGACCUGAGUGGGGAGCGGGAGAUCCAGACCAGCAAGCUGGAUGAGGGGCAUCUCCUGCUCGCCUCUGUGCCCCUGGGCCAAGAGCAACAGCAGACCGUGGCCCUGGGAGAGGGCCAGGAGGUGACCCUGCGUAUAUCGGCAGAGAUGAGGUCCGGGGAACUGGACCUUCGCCUUGGCUUUGACCUCUGUGACAGGGAGCGGCAGUUUCUGAACAAAAGGAAGCCAGUUGUGUCCAAGGCCCUUCAACGUGUGUUGGGGCUGAGAAAAGCUCCUGACAGUGACCAGGUGCCCGUGGUGGCUGUCCUGGGGUCUGGAGGUGGGGUCCGUGCCAUGUCGGCCCUUUAUGGCAGCCUGGCAGGCCUGCAGGAGCUUGGCAUCUUGGACACGGUCACCUACCUGAGUGGAGUCUCUGGGUCAACCUGGUGCAUGUCCACCCUCUUCAAGGACCCAGCCUGGUCCCAGAAGUCCUUGCAGGGGCCCAUUGAGCGUGCCCAGACUGGAGUCUGCAGCAGUAAGAUGGGAGCCUUCUCUGUAGAGCAGCUGCAAUACUACGUUUCAGAAUGUCUGAACCACAGACUCUGCCUUAUUGACAUUUGGGGCCUUUUUAUUAAGCAUUUCCUGCACCAGGAGGAAAGCCCUGCGAAGCUGUCUGACCAACAGGAGGCGAUCAACCAGGGCCAGAACCCUUACCCCAUCUAUGCCAGCAUCAACGUUCAUAACAACAUCAGCGGGGAGGACUUUGCAGAAUGGUGUGAAUUCACCCCCUAUGAGGUUGGCUUCCCCAAGUACGGGGCUUAUAUCCCCACGCAGCUCUUCGGCUCUGAGUUCUUCAUGGGCCGACUGCUGCGACAGCAGUUGGAGCCCCAGAUCUACUCCUUGGAGGGGAUAUGGAGCAGUGCCUUCGCUGGCAGCCUGCAGGACUUAUUACUGAAGCUGAGCGACUUCAACCUGAAUAAGCAACAAGGAGAAAAUGUGGAUGUCAUAGGUGAAGGCCACCACCCUGAGAACUACAAGGUACCUGACAUAGAAUUCCACAUACCACAAGGACCCAUCUCACAGGCUCUGCAGAACCUGUUCCAGAGCCGACCCAUAGCAUUCAAGGGCCACAACUUCCUCCGAGGCCUUGGCUUGCACAAAAGCUAUGCGGACAGAAGGGAAUUUGUGGCCUGGAAAAAGAACCAUCUGGACUCCAACGCCAACAAGCUCACACCCAUGUGGAACCAUCUGAGUUUGGUGGACGCAGGCUUGGCCAUCAACUCCCCCUUCCCGCUGAUUCUAUGUCCACGUAGGGAUGUGGACCUCAUCCUGUCCUUCAGCUACUCCCGGUCCAAACCUUUUGAGGACUUACAGAUGACAGAGAAGUACUGCAAGGACCGAGGCAUCCCCUUCCCACGGAUCAAGGUUCACCCCAAGGAUUUAGAAGAACCUCAAGAAUGCUAUCUCUUUGCGGACUGUGAGGAUCCCUGCUCGCCCAUUGUUCUUCAUUUCCCCCUAGUCAACCGAACCUUCCGCACACACCUGUCCCCAGGUGUGGAGCGACAGACAGCCAAGGAGAGGGACUUUGCGGAGUUUUCCUUCAAUGGGCCUGACUCCUCCUAUAGCACCAUAAAACUCACCUACAGCCCCCUGGAGUUUAAGCGCUUGGUACAACUGACCCGAUACAACGUCCUCAACCAGGCAGAGCAAGUGCGGCAGGCGCUGGAGCUGGCACUGCACAGGCGGCAGGGCUGGGGUGCUGACCUGGACUGCUGGUGGGAAGCUAACCUGUGGGCCUACGAGUGACUCAGGGAGCAUGGGCUGCAGCCUUCUUGGGGUUUCCAGGAGGAGGGGGCAUUUCAUAGAAACAGGUGCUCUUGAAGACAUGGGGAAGUGGUCAAAGCACAUUGGAUGUUGAGUGUGUAGGGCUUACGCCAGAGGCUAGCUGCAAGCUCACCCCAAGUGCAGGUGGAGCUCAGGUCCUGAGGGGUUCACCUCUCUUCUCAACCUGACUGCAGAGGAGUGCAGAGGUGUGGCCAAUUCAUCCACAUACCCUGGCUUAAGCCCUGCAUCCUGCUCCAGUUCCUGGAAGCAGCACUAGCAUCAAGAAUAAAGAGGAUCUAAUGGCUUGUCUGUCUAGGCCACUAACUCCAUUUGUCCUCAUCUUCUGGCCACACAACUAUCCUCAUGGCUAAACCUUUCCUGUCAUGGUGAUAGUGGUGGGGGCUCUAUGAUCACCCCUCAGUUUUCUAACUUGGGCCUCAUCCUCUUGUCCCUAGCACAGCUACUACCUCACCUGUAGACUCACCAUGUCCCCAGAGCUCUGGUGGUAUGGGAGGUGCAGUCACUCAGAGGGUUUUGGGUGAAUGUGCACUGAGCGGAGCACUCCCACUAGAGUAAUUAGUACCAAGGAGAAUUACCAAUUUCAAGAUGGAAGGAGCCAGG